CCCGGGGCAGGAGCUGCAUUCCUCUCCUCUCCGCUCCAUUCACACGCAGGGGAACGAUCGGACACAGAGCACCGCCGCCACUCCGUGUGACCAGCGUGGAAAUGAGCCCAAGUUGUGGAAUUUAAAACCAUGGCGGGGAUAUCAGCCCUCAGGAUCACUUGAACGCGGCUCCAAGUUUGUGCCUCUUUGGAUGUUCCUGAUGACUGCUCACAACACUGAAAACAGGACAGUGGAUCAAUAGGAGUUUUUUUUUCUCCUUCCCUGGUCCCUCUCCCUCCCUCAAGCUCUCCUUCCUCAUUCCUUAAUAGUAGAGGAGGCAAAGAAUAAAAUCCUGACUUGAAUCCAGGCAGCAGAGAUUGUUCUCCUUCUUCCUUUCUCCUCCCCUGUCCCCCAAGGCCUUGCCUCCUGGACACUUCAGAUAUGUGUCCUCUUUCUCGGACAUUAGCCUUCCCUGGGCAGGGGAACUUGCUUCUCCUGUGGGGGGUUUUACUCCUUGUUGUCUCUUCCCCCUCUGAAGGUCAACCCCCACCCUUUGAGCGGUUUGCCCCUCCUGACAGUUUGCUCACACAUCUGGCCAUCCACAACAAGACUGGAGAAGUCUACGUGGGAGCAGUCAACUGGAUUUUUAAGCUGUCCAGCAACCUGACUAAACUCCGCAGCCACAUGACCGGCCCAGUGGUGGACAAUGAGAAAUGCUACCCUCCGCCCAGUGUCCAGUCCUGCCCACACGACCUGGCCCAAACCCCCAACGUGAACAAGCUGCUUCUUAUAGACUAUGCACAGAACCGACUCAUUGCCUGCGGCAGCACCUCGCAAGGCAUCUGCCAGUUCUUGCGUUUGGAUGACCUCUUCAAACUUGGGGAGCCUCACCACCGCAAGGAACACUACCUCUCUAGCGUGGCGGAGUCCGGGACCAUGUCAGGGGUCAUCAUAAGCUCCCCUCAAAGUCCUACCAGCAAGCUAUUCAUUGGAACCCCUAUUGAUGGAAAAUCUGAGUACUUCCCUACCUUGUCAAGUCGCAAACUGAUGGAGAAUGAAGAAAAUGCAGACAUGUUUAGCUUCGUCUAUCAAGAUGAGUUUGUCUCCUCUCAGCUGAAGAUACCCUCAGACACUCUGUCAAAGUUUCCUGCUUUCGACAUCUAUUAUGUGUACAGCUUCAGCAGUGAACAGUUUGUCUACUAUCUAACAAUGCAGCUAGAUACCAAACUGACCUCACCUGAUGCCAGUGGGGAGCAGUUCUUCACCUCUAAAAUUGUCCGCCUAUGCAUGGACGACCCAAAGUUUUACUCCUACGUGGAGUUCUCCAUAGGCUGCACCAAAGACGGGAUAGAGUACCGUCUGGUGCAGGAUGCCUUCCUUGCUCGACCAGGCCGGCAGCUGGCCAACUCCUUGGGGAUUUCCGAGAAUGAAGACAUCCUCUUCACGGUUUUCUCUCAGGGUCAGAAAAAUCGGGCAAAGCCACCCAAAGAGUCUGUGUUGUGCCUGUUCACCCUGAAGAAGAUAAAGGAGAAGAUCAAAGAUCGAAUUCAGUCUUGCUACAGGGGAGAGGGGAAACUCUCUUUACCCUGGCUGCUUAACAAGGAGCUCGACUGCAUCAACUCGCCCCUGCAGAUAGAUGACAACUUCUGUGGACAAGACUUCAACCAGCCUCUUGGAGGGACCAGUACCAUUGAGGGCAUCCCUCUUUUCGUAGACAAAGAUGAUGGCAUGACUUCGGUGGCUGCCUAUGACUACCGUGGCAACACAGUGGUGUUUGUUGGUACACGCAAUGGAAAACUGAAGAAGAUCUUGGUGAACUCUGUGAGCUCCAACCAUCCUUCAGUGCUUUAUGAGAAGGUGACCGUCAGCGAAGGAGGAAGUCCUUUACUGAGAGACAUGCUGUUCAGCCCUGACCUGCAGCACAUCUAUACUCUGACUGACAGACAGUUGGCGAGGGUUCCAGUGGAGAGCUGCGAGCAGUACACCACUUGUGGAGAUUGUUUGGGCUCCAAAGACCCUCACUGUGGUUGGUGUGUUCUCCACAACGUAUGUUCUCGUAAGGACCGUUGUGAACGAGCAGCAGAGCCUCAGAGGUUCGCCUCUGACCAAAGACAGUGUGUGGAGCUUACGGUUCAGCCAAGAAAUAUAUCUGUCACCAUGUCUGAAGUUCAGCUGGUCCUUCAGGCUCGUAAUGUGCCCGAUUUGUCAGCGGGGGUUAACUGCUCCUUUGAGGACUACGUGGAGACAGAGGGACGAAUUCAGGGUGGACACAUCUUUUGCUUGUCUCCUUCAGCGAGGGACAUCGCCCCCAUCACUAAGAACAAAGGUGACAAGCGGGUGGUGAAGCUCUACCUCAAGUCCAAGGAGACGGGCAAAAAGUUUGCCAGUGUAGACUUUGUCUUCUACAACUGCAGCGUCCACCAAUCCUGCCUUUCCUGUGUGAAUGGCUCCUUCCCCUGCCACUGGUGCAAGUAUCGCCACAUGUGCACCCAAAACGCCUACGAUUGCUCUUUCCAGGAGGGACGUGUCAACAAUUCUGAGGAUUGCCCCCAGAUUCUGCCAUCAACCCAGAUUUACAUGCCAGUCGGAGUCACCAAGCCGAUCACCUUGACAGCGAGAAACCUACCCCAACCUCAGUCCGGACAGAAGAACUAUGAGUGUGUCUUUGACAUCCAGGGCGUGACAUACAGUGUUCCUGCGCUGCGCUUCAACAGCACCUCCAUCCAGUGCCAGAAAACAGCGUAUACUUAUGAAGGCAGCGAUAUCAGUGACUUGCCGGUGGACCUGUCUGUAGUUUGGAAUGGAAACUUUGUUAUUGACAACCCCAACAACAUUAAAGCUCACCUGUAUAAGUGUUUUGCACUAAGAGACAGCUGCGGCAUGUGUUUGAAGGCCAACCCCAAGUUCGAGUGUGGCUGGUGCGUAGGAGAGAAGAAGUGCUCCCUCAGACAGGAGUGCACUCCCCCAGAGAGCAUCUGGAUGCACGCUACAACUGGAAACAGCCGCUGUGCACACCCAAAGAUCACAAAGCUCUACCCAGAGACAGGGCCCAGACAGGGAGGGACCAUGCUGACCAUCACUGGUGAGAACCUGGGUCUGCAGUUCAAAGACAUCCAAAAUGGAGUCCGCAUCGGGAAGGUGACAUGUAACCCUCAGGAGGAGCAGUACAUCAGCGCAGAGCAGAUAGUGUGUCGACUGAAUGAUGCAACAGGUUACAGAGUGCACGAGGCUCAGGUGGAGGUCUGCGUGAGGGACUGCAUCCACCCUGAUUACAAAGCUGUUUCAUCUAAGGCCUUCAGUUUUGUGACUCCGUAUUUUAACAGUGUCCAACCCUUCGCUGGCCCUCUGUCUGGAGGAACAAGGAUCACCAUUGAAGGCAGUCAUCUUAAUGCAGGCAGCGCUGUAGUUGUGAAGAUCGGGCUUCACCCGUGCACCUUUGAAAGGCGGAGCAGCAAGGAGAUUGUUUGCGUGACGCCGGCUGGGCAGGUCCCAGGCCCCAUUCCAGUCAUGGUGGACAUCAAUGCUGCAGAGCUGAGGAACCCCGACGUCAAGUUCAACUACACAGAUGAUCCCACCAUUCUCAAGAUCGAGCCUGACUGGAGUAUCGCCAGUGGAGGCACGAUGCUGACCAUAACUGGAACCAAUCUGGCCACCAUUAAAGAGCCCAAAAUGAGAGCCAAGUACGGAGUUGCACAGUCAGAAAAUAACUGCACGGUUCUCAACAACACCGUCAUGGUUUGUCUGGCGCCCUCUGUGGCCAAAUCUGACAGAAGCUUCUCUGAGAUGGGCACCAGUCCUGACGAGAUUGGAUUUGUCAUGGACGGCGUGCGCUCCGUACUGGUGAUAAACGAGACAUUCAGCUACCACCCAGACCCGGUGUUUGAACCCCUCAGUCCCACCGGCAUGCUGGAGCUGAAGCCCAGCUCCCCACUUAUACUCAAGGGUCGUAACCUAAUUCCUGCAGCCCCAGGAAACUCCAAGCUGAACUACACGGUGCUGAUCGGAGACACGCCCUGCGUCCUCACCCUGUCUGAGAGCCAGCUGCUGUGUGAAUGGCCUAACCUGACUGGAGAGCAUAAAGUCACAAUCCGUGUUGGAGGGUUUGAAUACUCACCUGGGAUUCUGCAGAUUUACUCCGACAGCCUGCUCACUCUGCCUGCCAUCAUUGGCAUUGGAAUAGGUGGCGGCCUGCUUCUGCUGGUCAUCAUUGCGGUUCUGAUCGCUUACAAGAGGAAGUCCCGGGAUGCCGACCGCACCCUGAAGCGUUUGCAGCUGCAGAUGGACAAUCUAGAGUCCAGGGUCGCCCUGGAGUGCAAAGAAGCCUUUGCAGAGUUGCAGACAGACAUCCAUGAACUGACGCAGGAGCUGGACGGUGCAGGAAUUCCCUUCCUGGACUACUGCACAUACGCAAUGAGGGUCCUCUUUCCUGGGAUUGAGGACCACCCUGUACUCAAGGAGAUGGAGGUACGGCUUCAAGCAAAUGUGGAGAAGGCCCUGACGUUGUUCGGCCAGCUACUGACCAAAAAGCACUUUUUGCUGACAUUCAUCCGCACACUGGAAGCUCAGAGGUCCUUCUCCAUGCGAGACAGAGGCAACGUGGCUUCUCUCAUCAUGACAGCAUUGCAGGGGGAAAUGGAGUACGCCACUGGUGUCCUCAAACAGCUCCUGUCUGACCUUAUCGACAAAAACCUGGAGAGCAAGAACCACCCGAAGCUGCUGCUUAGGAGGACGGAGUCAGUAGCUGAGAAGAUGCUCACCAACUGGUUCACCUUCCUGCUUUACAAGUUCCUGAAGGAAUGUGCUGGGGAGCCUCUCUUCAUGCUGUACUGUGCCAUGAAGCAGCAAAUGGAAAAAGGCCCAAUAGAUGCAAUCACAGGAGAAGCCCGCUAUUCCCUCAGCGAGGAUAAACUCAUCAGACAACAAAUUGACUACAAAACUUUGACGCUGCACUGUGUAAACCCAGAGAAUGAAAAUGCCCCCGAGGUGACAGUGAAGACUCUUAACUGUGACACAGUGACUCAGGUGAAGGAAAAACUGCUGGACGCUGUGUACAAGGGGACCCCGUACUCUCAGAGACCGAAGGCCUCGGAUAUGGAUCUCGAGUGGCGGCAAGGCAGAAUGGCACGGAUUAUCCUUCAGGACGAGGAUGUCACCACCAAGAUUGAUAACGAUUGGAAGAGACUCAACACCCUAGCUCACUACCAGGUGACAGAUGGCUCAGUGAUUGCCCUAGUGCCCAAACAGAACUCGGCCUACAACAUCUCCAACUCCUCCACAUUCACCAAAUCCCUCAGCAGAUAUGGUACGAGAGAAGAGAGCAUGCUGAGGACAGCCAGCAGUCCAGACAGCUUGCGCUCCCGAACGCCCAUGAUCACUCCUGAUCUCGAGAGCGGCACCAAGCUGUGGCAUCUGGUAAAGAACCACGACCACUCAGACCAGAGGGAGGGGGACAGAGGGAGCAAGAUGGUCUCAGAGAUCUACCUGACCAGACUGCUUGCCACUAAGGGUACCCUCCAGAAGUUUGUGGAUGACUUGUUUGAAACCAUCUUCAGCACAGCGCAUCGCGGCAGCGCCCUGCCGCUUGCCAUUAAAUACAUGUUUGACUUCCUCGAUGAGCAGGCUGACAAACACUCAAUAACAGACCCUGACGUACGGCACACCUGGAAGAGCAACUGUCUUCCACUAAGGUUCUGGGUGAAUGUGAUCAAGAACCCACAGUUUGUCUUUGACAUCCAUAAGAACAGCAUUACAGAUGCCUGCUUGUCUGUGGUGGCUCAAACAUUCAUGGACUCAUGUUCAACAUCAGAGCACAAACUGGGGAAGGACUCUCCUUCCAACAAGCUGCUGUAUGCUAAAGACAUCCCCAACUACAAGAAUUGGGUUGAAAGGUACUACUCGGACAUCUCCAGGAUGCCUGCCAUCAGUGACCAGGACAUGAGCGCCUACCUGGCAGAGCAGUCUCGGCUUCAUGCCAACCAGUUCAAUAGCAUGUCAGCUCUACACGAGAUCUACUCCUACAUUGUCAAGUACAAAGAUGAGAUCUUGUCAUCUUUGGAGCGGGACGAGCAGGCGAGGAGACAGAGACUGAGGAGCAAGCUGGAGCAGGUCAUCGACACAAUGGCCCUGGCCAGCUGAGAACAAUCCACCUGCCCCCUUUCCUCAUAACUCUUCUCCAUCUGUUGCUCUGUCUCCGUCGCUCUUCUCAGACAACAAACAAACAAACAGAAAAAGUCCAACCCCCAGAAACACGAACUGCAAAAGGACCGAAGCAGUAUACUGCAGACUUGGGGUGGGGUUCGACAGAGAUGGGCGGGCCUGUGUACGCUUACAUGUGUAUGUUUGUGUUUGUCUGCAGCACCGGUGCAGCGUGUGGGCUUGUGUCUGUGUGAGAGGCUCGGACUCCAGACAUUUUCACACAUGCAUACGUGGAGAACAAGUCCCUUGACAGUGUGUGAUUAUCGUGGAUGUUGGUGUUUGUGGUUUGCUUGAGAUUUUUUUUGUUUUGUUUGGAUUUCAGAAAAAUUUGUCAUUAUGACACUGACGAUGACCAGGAAAAUCGAGAGAAGCUCAGACACUCCACACAUGGUGUCACGAACAGAGUGGACCAAUAUGUUAGAGCCAGUGGAGAGUGGCUCUGAAGGUCAUGUGACUCCAAAAGUUGUCACGCUUUUCUUUGUUGUAUAAAUGUAAUCAACUGCCCACUCUCUGAUCUCUCGCCACUUGUAUUACUGCAGAAUUUGCACAAUUUACAGAAACCUUACAAAGCAAGACUAUAUAGAUAUUAUAUAUAAAUACAGUUUUUAAUGAAAGAUUAGGGAGAAAACAUUUUUGUUGUGUUUUUUUCAUUGAAACUGUCAAACACAAUAAAAAUAAAACAAUGAAACAUGAUUUGAUAUUUCAAGUACAGACGAAAAGACUCAAUGUAGGCAGAAAAUGAAUGAAAAACAAAAUAAAAAAUUCGUACUGUGCCAUGUUUUCUUUGAAUGUUGUUUAGUGUAAAGACAUUUUGUUAGAUGGAAUGUGAAACAGUCUGAUUUUUAAAUAUGAUCAUUGCCUAGUGACUAAAAAGAGCUGAUUGAGAUCAUCGUUGAAUGUGGAAGUAAACAUAGCGACAGACAAAAAAACUUCAUUAAGAUGCUGUUUUGAUUCAGGCGCCGCUAUCUGUUGGCUUUAAAAAGCCAAAUAUCAUAUAAUUAUUUUAUUGUUAGCUUCUAGCUCCUCAGCUGUUUGUCUAUUAGUUUCGAAAGCAGCACCUGAUUAAUAGUCAUUUACUGACUGAACAAUGAAGUAGCUACAUUGCACUACCUAAAAUAUUUUACUGUAGUUUUCCCCGAUGCAUAACUGACACCAUAGAGUUGCAUGUCAGUCACUUACAGCAUUAUUAUAAUUAUCAUGAUUCUGGCUUACUGCUUUUGAAAACCCCAAAAUUCUACUAAAAACUAUGUCCAUGUGUCGUAAGGUAGAAUUUAGAGACCUCUCUAUUCUCUGUAAGAGGGAAAACCUACAAAACCGGCGGGGUAUCAAAUAUUUUCCCCACUGUACAUCUGUGUGAAGGCUCUUGAAGCACUGACUCCAGUUGUAGUCCACACCGAAAACUCUUGAAUGGGCUUUGCUUCAGCAUCCUGUCAAGGCUUCGGUUGUCUCUGUUGCUUGCCCAUUUUUUUAUAUCAGAUAUUUUUUUCUUCCACCCAAUUUUCCAUACAAUAACAUUUCUGUAUUGAAAGUUUAUUUUUUAAAUUUUAGGUAGUAUUCUUAUUUUCCGAGAAACUGAAUCAUUUGUUAUCAUUGGCUGUAAGCCUUUAUCAUCAAAAUGAACAGAAACAAACUCUUGAAAUAUAUGACUCUGCAUAUAGUAGAAUCUUUGAGUUUCACUUUUUGAAUUGAAUUGCUGAAAUAAAUCGAUUUUAAUGGUAUUCCAAUUUUCUAAGAUGCAACUGUAUGCCACAAUCAAGACUCCACCGGCCAUUAGUUUCUGUUUGCCAUUUUUUAAUGACCUAUUUUUCCAAAAAAAUGAGCAAAGCUAAACCCUUACCGCUUGCAGACAGUUCAGGUAGCGCUUAGCUGAGCCACUUAAAAGGGACACAAAGUCAGAAAAGCUGUUUUCAGCCUCCAGCCACUAUUCCCCAGCAUUCCUCAGUUAUAAUACCCAAAAAAGGGGGCAUGGAAAAGAUCAACUGAGCAUUUCUUUCGACAUCUAAAUUUGAGGUAUGGGUUUUAGCUUUUCAUCCAUGCUGAGGUUGUAGAAGCAGCUCUGUUCAUUAGCCACAUCAGACGGAGUAAUCCUCCCCUCAGCCUGCAGCUCUUGUUUUAAAACUAGCCUAUUGCCAUGUGUGGCUUAAGCUUUUUUAUAUUGCUUCUCCCUUAAGAGGAUUUCUGUUUCUCUUUUUUUAAAGUCUUGACGUCAUAGUUUUUGACCUUGUGGUGAGAAAUGAUUUUUUUUCUGCUUGCCGAAAAACCAAACUGUGGUCUGUAUAAUGUUUUUGUUAAUGUUUCAUUUGUAAAUUGUAUACUUUUUCAUAAUGAACAAAUACGGUUGGCCAUUUAUUUUGCCUUUUGUUUUCGUUUUUGUUUUCCAAACAUGUAAAUUGUACAUUUUUACGGUACAUGGAAGACCAUGGAAAAAUUCCUUUCAGCUUACCGGAAGUUGAAGUACUUGACCGAACUCCUGGUUUUAUUUUCCUGAUCUAAAGGAUCGGAAUAAAACGGUUCAUCGGGUCAGAUGAGCCUGUGUCGUCGUGAUGGAAAUGUGACUUGCUGCUUUAAUUCUUGUACCUUUGUUUUUCUAUCCAACAUUAGGGCUGUCAUCGUAAAUGCUGUUGCUGUUCAUCCCAACCACUUUGUUUACUGUGCAUGUCUGAGACCUGACAUGCAUAUCAACCUUUUUUAACUGGAAACUUGUUUGAACUUGAUUGUUUACCCUGUAGACUGAAAACAAGUAUGCCUGUCCAUUCAAUAAUGAAAAAUUCUCCUUAGAUUUAAUGUUGGCUCUUAUGUCAUACCUGUUAGAUGAAAUAGGUAAGCAUUAUAUGGAAAUAUGGUGGCACUAAAGUGGGCAGCUGAUUGGUUGACUCUUGGUUGAGUCUUUGUUUGAUUCUGGAGUGCAUUUGAAUAUAUCUAGUUCAAAAUCAAAAAUCGUAAAGAUGGGCUUAGGCAGGGCAGUACUGUUUAUAGUGGUUAAUUUACCCAUGAACCACCAAUGUCUGUUUCCUCUGACUUUUUGCUGCAUUUUUACAUUUUGGUGCUCUUUUUGUAAAAAUCACAUGGCAUAAAAAUACAUCAUUGCUGAGGCUUAUUUGUUCUCUGAAGGGCCAUCUGUUGAGUGAUGUUUCUGAGUACAGGGGGCAAAAUUAGCUGCUGGAGAUGCUGCUCAGUAUCCAGCUGGUAAUCUGUCAGACUCUUUAAAAAUAGUUCAACCUUCUCAGCUCUUUCUCUGUUUUUGAUUCUGUUCAUGUCAUCCUGGCUGGUUUCAGAGGUCAGAUUCAUUUAUCACCUUCAUGGUUACUUGCUUUUUUUUUUUUUUAAUUGACCCACUUUGCAAGUCUAAACUGUUUUGCUGGCUUCCCAUCUCUGGUUAAUGCGGCUGAUGGUUUGCAUUUACUGUAACUGAGGUGAAAGAAUGUUUGUCUAAAAGCAUAUGUGUCAUCCGAAGCAGCCGCCACCAGCAGCCAAGUUACAACUCUUAACAAGUACAAGAAGCUCAGUGUUUUUCUGUGAUGCUGGAUUUUAGGCUGUUUUCAGUCACAACAAAACAAAGGAUCAUGUCUGAUUUUAGAGCUCUGUCUUCAGGUUGAGUGGAUUCAGCACACAGUGGUGCAUAAUUCCUUACUUUUUGGUUAUUUCUAGCCUCUUUAAAAUCAUUGCUGAAUCAAAAUUGAGACCUUGGUUUUCCUGCUUUCCUCUCAAUCUAGAACAUACUUUUUUUCCCCAGAAUGAUCGUUUCUUAGGAUCCAUGGAAACAAAGCAAAUGAAUUUAAGAUAGUCGGCAAGAGAAUUUUAAUGCUUCAAUUACCUGUACUUUUUUAGAGUUUCAGACUUGAAGCAACUGUCAUGAGUUUGCAGUUUAACACUCAUUGUGUAAAUAUUAUGUUAUGUUCCUAUUUUGCAGAUUUACUACUUGUAAAUAAACACGCAUCAAGGAGAGAUUAAACAUUUUUUGCUAAAUAAGUUCUGACUUGGAGUCAUAAUGUGGGUUUCUUCAUAAAUAAAAUACUGAAAAUGA